ACUGUGAAGUGCGAUCUCCAUACAGAAUCCGGCGUUGCGGAAUUGAUUUCGGCGAUGGCGGCCGGACGGAACGCCCAAUUCAUCGUCGAGACGUGGUCGAGCGGCGGAGCGAUUGCAACGAGUAUAGGACUGGCGGUUGCUCGCCGGCACACCGGAGGGAGACACGUGUGUGUGGUGCCGGACGAGAGAUCUAGAGGAGAAUAUUGGAGAGCGAUGGAGAGAGCGGGAUUGGCGCCGGAAGUGAUCGUGAGAGAGCCGGAGGAGGUGAUGGGAGGACUGGUAGGGAUAGAUUUUCUGGUGGUGAAUAGUGAGAGGAGGAAUUUCAGUCGAGUUCUGAAAAUGGCGAAUCUGAGUUCCAGAGGAGCGGUUUUGAUCUGCAAGAACGCGAACUCGAGAAGCGAUUCGAGUUUCAGAUGGAGUAAUGUUACCAAUAACGGAACGCGGCGGCUGAUUCGAUCAGCGUUUUUGCCGGUGGGGCAGGGAUUGGAUAUUGCAUACGUGGCGGCGGAAGGAAGGAAUUCAGGUUCCGGCGAGGGAAAGGGGAAAUGGAUCAAGCAGGUUGAUCGACGAUCAGGGGAGGAGUUUGUGAUUCGGAAGUGAUUUCUGUUCCGUCAAGCAAAGCGCUGUCGUUUUAGUUUUAUACAGUUUUGUCCGUUUUCUUAAUCAUACUUAUCAGAUUGAGUGACAAAUAUAUUGAUUUUUUGUCUCGUUUUUGAGAUGAACA